AUGGUUACUGCUAUUGGCUUUGAAGGCAGUGCUAAUAAAUUAGGUAUUGGCAUAAUCCGAGAUGGGAAAGUAUUAUCCAAUGUUCGCCAUACUUAUAUAACACCACCAGGUCAAGGAUUUCAACCGAGGGAUACUGCUAAGCAUCAUAGGGAUCAUAUACUGAGCGUCUUACGAAAAGCACUAGACAACGCUGAUGUUACGCCAGAUGAAAUUGACUGCGUCUGUUAUACAAAAGGGCCUGGCAUGGGUGCUCCUUUGGUUGCUGUAGCUAUUGUUGCAAGAACGGUUGCGCAGCUAUGGAACAAGCCAAUAGUAGCUGUUAAUCAUUGCAUAGCACAUAUCGAAAUGGGUCGUUUAGUAACUGGAGCAGAUAAUCCAACUGUAUUAUAUGUUAGUGGUGGCAAUACACAGGUUAUAGCCUAUUUAAUGAAUAGAUAUCGAAUUUUCGGUGAAACCAUCGAUAUUGCUGUUGGAAAUUGCCUUGAUCGAUUUGCUCGUGUCCUAAAACUCUCCAACGACCCUAGUCCGGGUUAUAAUAUUGAACAAAUGGCAAAAAGAGGUAAAAAAUUUAUCGAACUGCCUUAUACAGUCAAAGGUAUGGAUGUUUCCUUUUCCGGGAUAUUAUCAUAUAUCGAGGAUAUAGCUCAAAAGAAGUUAGACGGUGGUGAAUGUACACCCGAAGAUUUAUGUUUUUCACUUCAAGAAACUUUAUUUGCAAUGCUCGUGGAAAUUACUGAGCGCGCUAUGGCUCAUUGCGGUUCUAAUGAAGUAUUAAUUGUUGGCGGUGUAGGAUGCAACGAACGACUUCAGCAAAUGAUGCGUGAAAUGGUUGAAGAGAGAGGGGCUACUUUAUGCGCCACGGAUGAAAGGUACUGUAUCGAUAAUGGAGCCAUGAUUGCACAGGCUGGUUGGGAAAUGUUUUCAUCCGGUCAAGUAACACCUUUUAACGAGACGUGGUGUACUCAACGAUAUCGAACUGACGAAGUACUAGUAACCUGGAGAGAUGGCUAA